GGGGCGGGCUGGGCGGAGUGGCGCGGGUGGCGGCCCGAUCCGGGGCUGGGGUCGGCGGCCCGGCCAGCCCGGCCUGGCCCGGGCCGCGUCCAAGACUCGGUCACCGCCGCUGCAGCGUUGGCAGCCGACCGGCCAUGGAGGCGGAGCGCCGCUCGGCGCCCGGCUCGGGCUGCGGACGCCCCCAGUCCGGCGCCGAGGGCCCGGACCCGGACGCGCUGCGAGCCCAAGCGCCCCCGACCGUGCCUGCGCCGCCGCAGGGCCCCUGCGUGGGCGGCGGCUCUGCGGGCCCGGAGUUCGCGCUGCCGCAGGAGCCGGGGGCCGCGGGCCUGGGGGCCCCGGGGCCGUGGGCGGGGGCGGCGUCGGCGCGCAUCCCGGUGCCAGCACAGAGGCCGGAGGAGGUCGUGGCCGCCGCAGCCCUGACCAGCCUGUGCAGUGGCCCCCUCCCACUGGCGGCCCCAGCCUGCAGCCACAGCCCAGAGCCCGGCUGGGAGCCCUGGAGAGAAGCCCUGGCCCGGCCACCGGGCAGCGGAGACGGGGGCUGGGACCUGAGCCGCGAGCAGCCGCCGCUGUUCCCUGAGGCAGCCCACUUCCUGUUUGGGGAGCCCGCCCUGAGGAAGAAGAAGAGCUCGGUCCGGGUCCUGUUCCAGUGCCUGUGGAAGAGCUGUGGGACGGUGCUGGGCACGGCGCCCGCCAUGCAGAGACACAUCCGCCUGGUGCACCUGGGCAGCAGGCAGGCAGAGCCCGAGCAGAGCGAUGGCGAGGAGGACUUCUACUACACGGAGCUGGACGUCGGCGUGGACGUGCUGGCCGAUGGGCUGUCCAGCCUGGCCUCUGUGCCCCCCACUCUCCUCCGCCCGGAGCUCCCGCCCCCUGUGCUGACCGCUGCGGCCCCCUCCCAGGCAGGCCGCAGUGACCCCGCCCACCAGGGCUGCCUGGCGCCCCCCGAGGUCAGGACCUGCGUGCCCGCCCUGCCCUGCCAGCUCAGUGCCAGCCUGAGGUGCGUGGGGGCUGAGGGGCCAGGGCAGGCACCAGAAGGGAGCCGCCGGCCGGCCAGUGCACCAUGGCCGCUGUGUGUCCCCCAGGAGGCCCCGCGGGGACGCCAAGAAGUGCCGGAAGGUGUACGGCAUGGAGCGCCGGGAGCUGUGGUGCACGGCCUGCCGGUGGAAGAAGGCCUGCCAGCGGUUCCUGGACUGAGCCCCGCCCUGGGUCCCCUCCCGCCACAGGGCCUGUCCCCCCACCCAAAGUGCCUCUCAAGAAGCCAGCGUUUUGCACUACAGCCGACGGCACCACUGGGCCGGGCCCCACGCCCGCCGGCCGCCGCUGAGCCCAUCCGACCCCGGCCGCACUAAACGUUUUUACCAGGUCUUCGAAGCUCAGGUGUCUCAUGCCUGGGCCGUGCCAGGCGAGGAGAAAAAUAAAAACUUUGGGGUUUUC